GCAGAGAGCUGUUUGGAGUUUGACAGGGAUUAUUAAAAUCAGAGCAGAUGACGAGGAAGGGGCGAGAGGCGGAGUGUGAGGAAGCCAAAUUGACACAGACACUCUCCAUUACCUUCCACUUGACUUGCGUUGAUGACAAUGCUGAUAUGAGACCCAGCAGCAUGGCACCGACGUGGGAUUGGCUGUUAGCAUGAGCGUUAAGCACCACGGGGUAGGAGGGGAGGCCCUCCAUUCCAGAAGAGACCUCAAAAGAUGAGUUGUUUAUUUAAAGUCUUGACUGAGGUGCAUCUCACCUCAUUGUUUAUUUAUUCUGUUUUGUUUUUUUCCUCCCUUUCUGUCUUAACUCACUGUAGUGUUUGUGGGUGGAAAUGGUUUCAGGCUGGAGUAAUGCAUUUUGAUCAGGGGCCCUCCUACUAUAAAUGAUUUUUCGGAGGGAAAGGGGCGGGGGGGCUGGAAGAAACAGCCUUUUAAAAUGAUAAGAUUUGUUUAGUUUCAGAUGAAAUUGAUUUGUGCCGUCUAACAAGACCCUUGUUUGAGGAAAUUUCAAAUUACCAUAAACCACUAGAGUGUGGGGUGCACAAAAUAUAUGUGUUUCUUGACAGACAGCUGUGAUAAUACACUCUGGACCACACGGUUGAUUGAUGUCACUACACUGAGCAGCAUGGAAUGGCCUGGGGAUUUCCCUGACGACCACGCCUUUGUGGAGCUGCUGGUUCCAGGGGCUUCCAGUGAUUUGGACUAUGAACAGCUUCUGAAAGACACGGAGGAGAAACUCAAUCUGAAUGCCAGCAGCAUUGAACAACACCUGAAGGAGCUUCAGACCAAAAUGGGGGACUCGAGAACAGCAGAUCGGCCCCCAAGUCCUACAGAGUGCCUGCAAUGGUUCAACCUCAGGGCACAAAACAGGCUUGCUGCCACAGGACACCAGGAACUGCUGGACUUCUUCAAAGCUUUGCAACAGUAUCUGAAAUCAGAUGAACAGGGGAAAGAAGAAGCUGCUCUUCAGCUCCUGCUCUGCCUGUCUUCCCAGUGUGGUGUCUGCUUUCCUUGCACCCCUACCUCCUCUUCCUCAUCUUGUCCGUAUUCUCAGCUGACGGAUUUCUCCAUCCACAUGGUACAUACGGUGAAAGAUAACAAUUCAUUAGAGAUCCAGGAGUUAUGGAAUGCUGUACGUCUCCACCUGCGACGUUACCUGAUGGAUCAGCUAUUGUGUCGCAACCCAGAGUUCUGUGAAUGCAGAAAGACGUCCUCUUUGACCAUCUUUGAAAGGGUCCACUGCCUACAGCAAUUAUUCUUUCUCUACCCAGAGUGUGAAGUUCUCAGAUGUUACCAGGGUCUGAAACGGCAGCACGUGUUGAGUGUUCUGCACUCAAGCCUGAACUCCAGCCCAGGUGGUGAGACUGGCUUUGACAGACUGGCAGCAGGAUUUUGCAGUGCAGUCCCACAUCUGAGUCAAGCCAUCACAGAGGAGCUCCAAGUCCUUACAAAAGUAACACAACCCAACGCAAUUCUUGGUUUUCUCAAUGUGACUUACCUCAGCACUUUGGCUCAAGAGCUGGCCUCCCAGAUGGAGAAAGAGCGUGAGAUAGCCCAAAGGGAUAACAGUGCACUGAGCAGCAAGAUCAAAAAAUAUUCAACCAGGUCCAGAGCAAGUGUGGCACCCAUGGAGCUCCCUGUAAAAGCCAGAAGCUUUAGCUUGACCUCCCACCAGCUAAAGGCCUUAAACCAACUGGCUUGUGCACUGCUGAAGUUUGAGAGCGAUCUAAGGGAUCUGGUCACUAACAUGACAUUCAUUGACUGUAUGGGUGACACUCCACGGGUAAAAGGCAUAUUGAAGAAGAGUAGAGAGGAUUUAAACGUGACACCAGAUGGCAAGAAACCCACCAUGCAAGAGCCACAGACUCUGGAGUUUGACUGGAGUUCAGCAUUUCAGGGACUGGUCCCUCACAUGGAGCAUUGUGUCAAAGUGGUGCUGGAUGACGCCUGUGCCAAGAGCCUUCAGCAAGAAGAGGCCUUACGCUCCUCUGGACACACUGUUGUCACCCUGAGCCCCGUCACCGGAGACACUGUCAGAAACCCACAUCUGAAGGAAGAUUCCUUCUACAAUCACCCAGAGAGUGAAACUCCAAAAAUGAUAGUCAAGUUCUGUGCAGUGAUCCUGACUGAACUUGAUGCCUUACUGCCGCUGGCAGCAGCCUGCAGGGACACAUCUCUCCUGGAGGUUCAGUCGAGCUUUGUGGAAGCAUGUGGCAGGGCAGCCUUUGCCAUGUUGGGCCGAUUGCAGGAGAGGGCCCUUGAAGUACCAUCUUCUGCACCCCUGACCAACUUGCCUGCUCUGUUGGCCACCUCCAUUUAUGUUCACCAGCGACUAGAGCAUUACAGUGCCAGGCUGAAGGACUCAAAUUCUGCUGCAGCUAAAAUACCCUUGACGUUACUUCCUAUCCAAAAGUAUCAAGACACAAUAGAGGCUUUGAGAGAACAGCUGACCAGCUACUGCAUCCAGGUUUGCUUGACCAGCAUUUUUCAUGACGCAGAGAGUCACGACUGGCUGGACCCCAAACCUUUCUAUGAGGGCGAACGGUGUUCCUUUUCGCUGCAGAUGUGGUUCUACUUCCUGUGCGGGUUUCGCAGCGACCUGUGGAUGGUCCUUCCAGCAGAGUUGGCUAAGGAUUUGCUUGGACAAGUGCUAAUGGAAACUUUACAACUCUUAGGUAAAAGAUAUGCCAGAGUCCGUGCUUCUUACAAGAGACAUCUUCAAAUCAGAUGCGACAUUGCAGCAGUGUUGCUUUAUGUGGAGCAUCUUAUGUGGAGUCUGUGUGAGAGUCCUGAGGCUUUAGUCUGGCGCAAGCCUUCCUCAGAAAAUAGCAUAUUAGCAGGUGGUUGUGACUGGCCGAACCAAAUCCACAGCCUGUGUGACCAACUUCUGACAGUCCUCGCCAUUGUCACUGCACCAGUGUCUUUGCUGUAUAGGACAUUUAUAACCGAGAGUUCGAAGGAGGCAACUUUGCGCCAACCCAACAUGCAUGCUGUACACUGGCUACAUGCUAUCAACCCUGACCUAUUUACAGAACAGGUCAGACGAGAGGGCCUUAUGGGCCAGACAGCUUUGGCGUGUCAGCUAAGGCUACUGACCUCUGACCCAGGACACAACCCCAAGUUACUGCUGCGGAUGCUUUUGCACGAAGACUGCCACCUGCCCAGAAUGCUCCUGGAAUAUUCUUAUUUCUGCGAGGAGAAAGACAUACAGGCAUCCAAAGAAAACCACAAGGCAGGAGACGACUUCAUAACAGCUUUAUUUAACCUUUUUUUGUGCCUGAACACCAUCCCUAAAGCCCUGACUCAAGCCUUUGAGCCAUAUCUUGAGAGGGCUCACAUAUGGGAACAUCUGUACUCAGUAGCAGAAAAAACACGGACAGUACCAGUGGUGAUUGGCUGUGUCCGCGCAAUAGUGGCAACCUCGAUCAAAAGCAUUUCUGCACAUCUGGUGUCUAUGGUGCUGGUUUGGCAGACCACUGAGGGGGCUCGAGAAUCCAUUUUUAAGCGGAAUUUGCCAGAAAGUGUGUUGGCGAAAAUACCAAAGGAGUGGAACUAUACAACACUUGAUGUCAAAGAAAAGGACUCUGUCAACCAGACUGUCAUAUCCAUAGCAAUUCAAGCUCUAUCCUUCAUUUUCACCAACUUGCCUUUGGCAGUAUCAUCCUUGCCUCUUUCCAUCCGUUUCCUCUUUCAAGUGGCAGAGAAACACCUGUCCCAGCAUGCCCGUCAGCUGCGCUCAGUGGGGUUGUUGCUCUGGGCUCUACUCGGCUGCUUGAUCCAGGACCUGGAUGCGGCGGACACAUCAGAGCAGCUAAGUGGUCAGGUUCUGAACUCUGAGGCAAAGGAUUGCUUUUCCCUGCUGGCUGAGUGUCUACAGGCUGUCAUGAGCAUUCAGCAAAAGGGCGUUCCCAAACCUUUAGUGCACAAAGUUCUGCAGGGUCUGGAAGACAGAAGACCCAAGUGGAUCAAUAUGCAGCUGCAGAAAGCCCGCAAACUUUGCACAGGCAGCGUAUUUGAGCAAGAGGCAGAGAGAGGAGUUUCCUCGGCUGAACUGACUGAGCAGAAAAUAGGCCUGAUGCUGCUGGAGGUCUGCCACAAAGCAGGUGGCAGCAACUACCUGAGGCAGAUCUAUCACAUCAUCCAAGGCAAUGAGGAACUGCUGAUGUUCAAACUGGGUUAUGCCACAGAAUUUCCAGAUGACCUUGACCUCCGGGUGAACUUUGACCUAAAGCCUCCUGUAGCUGGUGGAAGUUUCAACCCUCUACUUCAGUUUGACCACAUUGGAAACAAGAAGUUUGAUCAGAGUGCUGUGGUUGACUGGGCUUGGGACUGGCCGAACCUGCUGCCAGCCUAUGGGGGCAUGAGUCAGGUCACCUUCAGAAGUCUUCUGGCCAACAGAGUGCUCCUAGAGAGGACAGAGAGGCUCAUGGGAGUUGUGCCAAGGGCCAUAGUAUCACACUGCAGUGUCUCUCAGGGCACAUUGUUUAUGCAUGGGGCCACAUAUGUGGCUGGAAGGAAAGACGGCGCAUACCACAAAAGACACUAUGAGGUGGGAUUUCCAGGAGGGUGCAGAACUAGAAGACGAAGAGAAAGCAAUGGUAGAAGAACUUCAGAAAACGUUUCUUGUUUGCUCCUGCAGCGUGGGACCACAGGGCUCUCCUGGAUCUGAUGAGACGCCAGCAAAGCAGACCCAAGGGGAAACACAACCACCCGAUAAAAACGCUGCCCAAUAACAGUCCACACAGUUGGUAUUUUUAUCAUGUUGUAAAUGUCUUCUUUUAAUGCCGUACACACUUGGAACUCUCAAGGUAGCAAUGUGUGGCGGCGUGUGUGUGUGUGCUUGCACGUUUGCUGUUGUAAUUUGGUUUUCACAUGUAGCCGGUGCUGAAAAUUUGCAUAUGUAUCUGCCUAGCGACAUUAGAGAGGGGACAAAAAAACAAAAAUGUGUGAAAGCUGGUGGCUUUCUCUUUUUGCACACACCUCAGACAAACUCUCUGUGCUGUUCAACGGUGCAUCAGAUGUGUUUUAUCUUUUUGAAACACAUCUGCAGAAAUCAGUUCUGGGAUGCAGAGGAGCCUGGAUUUGUUUGCCUGGGACAAGAUGGAGCUGUGUGAUCAUUGUAGGCAGUUGAAGUUGUUUUUUUUUUGAGUCAGUGAGGGUAAAGAUAUUGAUGUCAGCAUACUCUCUCUUGGUUACUGAAAGAAAACAUCAAACAUCAUAUUUUGGAAGCACAGUGAUAUUCGUUUUGGUCACGAUGUGCCUCAAAAAUUUGCCUCACUGUGGAAAAAUCAGUCAGUAUUUUCUGCAAACUGCAGUAGCAUUUAUUUGUAGCUUUUCUUUUCAAAUGAGUUUAUACUUUUACUAUAUUUAAAAAAUGUUAAGGAUGCAAUAUUUCACCACUAAAUAGUAAAAAUUGAAACAUUUUCCUAUCUCAGCCUUGACAUUUUAUAUAUAUGUUCUGCAAAUGCAAUAAAUAUGGAACCUAAAUAUCUUUGUGGACUAUUGUUGCAUCAUGUGCUUCCCCCACUUUUUCCAAAUGUGGAUUUAACAAGUUUAAUUAUUGCUUCUUUGCUUCUUUCCUCCACAUGUAUGCGAUUGCAGCUCACAAAAGCUGCUACACAGCGCAAAUCCUUUAAGAGAUAGAGGAAAGAAAAGAGAAAUGUUGUUUCUGCUUAACUAGAUUUUCAAUGCAAAUGUAGCUAGAUUAAAAUCACCAAACUACUUAACGAAGACAAAAGACUGCACGUUUAACAACUGAGUUCUGCUUUUGUCAUUGAAAAAAAAAAGAGCUAAAUAGCAACAAAGCAGCAUUAGUCUUCUUACUGUAUCAAAUAUAACAAUGCAACCGUUUAACUGUGCAAUUGCAUAAACAAAGUAUUUGGCUUCCCAAACUGUGCUUUAAAGAUAACUGUUUCUUACAAAGAAAAAGCUUGAUCCCUUUUACUAUUCCUCUCUACCUCUUCUAGUAAGUAGUACACAUCCAUUCAUGCUCCUAAUGCAUGCAGGUGAUAGACUAAGAAGACAACUGUCAGUAAAGCUUAGUGAUUUAAAAAGAAAGCAUUUUCUAUUAGAAACGUUUAGUAGCGGAUCAGUCGAUUAACAGUCGAAGCUUUGUAAGGGCAUCAUUCGCAUAUUUCAAACUAUUUUCCAGUUUUGCUGUUGCCUCAUUGGUUGGUGCAAUACCUGAAGACAAUGUUGCUGAUAGGAAAGGGCUGUUUUGUUGCUUUCAAAGACCCUGCCAUGGAAACACAGCAGGAACAAAUCUACCAUUCAUUCUUGUUUUUAUUUUAUGAAUUAAACAUCAAGGAAAGUUUAAAGAACAUUUACAACACUAAAAAUAGAAGAAGAAGAAAAACAAACAGAAAUUGGCAACGGUUAAAACCGUUCUUCACCUUUCUAUGAGUAUUUUCUGCCACGUGAUUCAAGUUAGUUUGCUCCCGUUUACUAAGAAAAGCAAUUCAGCUUAUUUAAAAAAAAAACAAAAAAACUUUAUUUGUAUAUCCACUGUAAAUGUAUUCUUAAUAUUUUACAAUAACCUGCACUCCAAAUGUUUUCAAUGUGUAAGUUUUAAUUUUUAUAGCCUUUUAGUUAUCCUUUUUGAUGCACAGUUUGUCAUUCUAUUUAUAGUUUUCAGUUGCAAAUCAAACUUUACAAGUGUAAAACAACUUAUACUUUUGUUUCUUUUCCAGUGAUGUUGGAGAUCAAAUGCUGUUGUUUUCAUCUCUGAAUAAUACAUGAGAAAUGUUCUUCAAAUGUAUACUUAUUUCAUAAUUUUUGUAUAUUUAUUUGUUGUUGAAUAAAGAAAAUAAGAU